AUGCCCGCCAGUUCAAUUUUAAGAGCAGAGUCAAAUCCUGGACGUCUGCUGACUGAGUUGCUGACCGUCACACACGUUCUCUUCGCUAAAUUGAAGGGGGUGUGGGGGAUUACAGGAGAGAUUGGAGGACCUGAGGUUGGUCCCUGGUACACGCAGGUUGUUCAUGUAGCAGCUGAACCCCCUAAGCAGAGAGAGGAAGAGUUCCAGUCUAAAUUGAUCUCUUUCCUCCAAAAAGAGGGCAAAUCAUUAGCUGACAUCCCAAGUGUUGUUUCCCCUGCACCUGACCUCAACACUAAAUUAGUUGAUGCCAUAAACUCUCUUGUCCAAACGUGUCAUGUGGCUUCAUCAGAGGAGAGAGUGGGAUACAGAAGGCUGCGUCCUUUCUCAGGAUUCAUACCAACUCCUCCUGGGGAAGAUGAGUAUGAGGUUUGGGUAGAGCAGACUACCCACAUUCUGGAAGAAUGGCAGUGUUCUGAUAAUAUCAAGAAGCAGAGACUUGUAGAGUGUCUCAGAGGUCCUGCAGGCGAUAUUGUUAGAUUUGAAAAGACUGGAAACCCAACUGCUACUUUCAGUGAUUAUCUCAGUGUGCUAGAGUCAACAUUUGGCACUACUGAGGAUGCUGCUGAUUUGAUGUUAAGGUUUCGGAGCACUUACCAGAAUGAGGGAGAAAAGCUCUCCGCCUACAUACUGAGGUUGGACAGGAUGUUGCACAGUAUGCUAAGGAAGAAAGGCAUAGAAUAUUCUGCCCUGAAUCAUCUUCGAAUGCGGCAGAUUGUCAGAGGUGCCCUGUCAAGUGAUCUGGUGGCUAUGCGGCUGAGGAUGACCCAUAAGCUUUGUGCCCCUCCUUCUUUUAAUGAAUUAAUGAAAGAAGUGAGAGAAGAAGAAAACAUAGCGAACAGCCGGAGUUCAUUACAGUCUAAAGUAGCCGUGUCUGUAGUGUCCUCCGCCAAGAAGGAGUCAUCUGCUAAUACUAACCUUGCAGACUCAGAAGUAGAGAAGCUGAAAAGGGAGAUUAGGGGGUUGAAAAAUGAAGUGUCACGCUUGUCAGCUGCAGCAAAAGAACCUAUGUGGGAAGAUGGGCAUCUGAAGCGUGAUUGUAACAAUGAAGAAAAUCUCAGGAAAGUAAACCAGCGACUCAUCAGAAUGAGACAGUCAUCGGGAAACUUCUCCGGGGCUCAGUAG